UUGCUCUUGCUUUCAGCAAGGCAGGACCCCCUCCUUCCUUCUCCACCUGCCUCCAACUCCCUCCUCCAUUCUCUCUCCCUACUUAAUAUGGCUUCUUAUGUUGAUUUCUAAAGCACAGAUUUGGCACAAGACAUUAUCACCAGAAAGACUUAAAACAGAAGUGUGCAUAACCAUGAGUAGAUUUUAAAUUAAGAAGCAGUUCAAAGGUCGGAGAUUAGGAAUCAUGUUGCAUGACGCAAGGGACAGGCAGAAGUUCUUCAGUGAUGUUCAGUAUCUGCGGGACAUGCAGCAUAAGGUGGACUCUGAGUAUCAGGCUUGUCUGAGACGACAGGAAUGUAGAAGAGACCCAAAUGAGAAGAAACGCGAUCAGUUUUGGGGGCAAGAGACAAGUUUUGAGAGAUCUCGGUUUUCUAGCAGGUCAUCUUCCAAACAGAGUUCUAGUGAGGAGGAUGCUCUAACUGAACCAAGAUCAUCUACCAAGAUAUCUGCAUUUAAGUGUGACUCCAAACUUCCAGCAAUUGACCAAACAUCAGUCAAGCAGAAACAUAAAAAUACCAUGACUGUAAGUAAAGCAGAGAAAGCGGACUCCAGUGAACCCUGUCCAGCAGAGCCAGAGCCAACUUGGUGGAAGAAACUGGAAACAGACCUCGGAGGACCUUCUGGCUGGUGCAGUCUGGGGAAGAAAGGUCCCAUGAGCAGAAGCAUCCCUCCCUGUGAAGCAGACCAAGCACCAAUGGUUUUAUUAAGAAAGAAGAAGCCAAACCUGAGGAGAUUUACAGUCAGCCCAGAAUCGCAGCCGAGAGCAUCUGGGGACAGAAGCAGACAGAAACCAUGGUGGCUCGCAAAGGUGCCGAUUCCCAGGGAAGCGGAUCAAGUAGUUCAACAAGAAGUCCUGAUGUGUAACACUAAGCUGAAGAGGCCAAAUCGAGAGAGAAGAAACUUGGUCCCAUCAUCACAGCCAAUGACUGAGAACCCUCCUGAUAGAGCCAAAAAAGGAGACCCGAGUGCUCCUUCCCAGAGUGAGCUGCAUCCAGCCCUGUCCCAGGCCUUCCAAGAAACAAAUAGUCCUCAAGUAUGUGAGUUCUCGGGGCCACCACUCACACCCACCACCGUCGGAGGGCCAAGAAGAGCAUCAUUUAGGUUCCGAGAUGAAGACUUCUAUUCCAUUUUGUCAUUGAACAGCAGAAGAGAAAGUGAUGACACUGAAGAGCAAACCCACGUUGAAGAAUGUCUGUGGGUUGGUAUGCACUCACCCCGUUCUCCUUCCCAUCACAAAAGAAGUAGAUUUGGGGGCACAUCGACCCCUCAGGCCAAAAAUAAAAAUUUUGAAGAAAAUGCUGAAAAUUGCAGAGGUCAUUCUUCAAGAAGAAGUGAGCCCAGUCAUGGCUCAUUGAGAAUAAGCAAUGCAAUGCAGCCAGUGACAGAGCAGCCUUCUGCUGGGCAAAGGUUGUCCCAAGACCCCAGGCUGCCUGAUAGGGAAUCUGCUACAGAGAAGGACAGAGGUGGCAGUGAAAAUGCAAAAAAGAGCCCCCUUUCGUGGGACACCAAAUCCCAGCCCAGACAAGAAGUUGGUGUCAAUGCUGAAAAUGCAUGGAGUGAUUGUAUUUCUAUGGAACAUAGGCCUGGCACCCAUGAUUCUGAAGGAUACUGGCAAGAUUAUUUAACCAGUUCUCAAAAUUCUCUUGACUACUUUCUUUCUGGCAGACCAACAUCUCUAAGAUCAUCAGUGAAUUCAUCCUAUAACCCUCCUGCAUCAUUCAUGCAUUCUGCUCUGAGAGAUGAUAUUCCAGUAGACUUGUCAAUGUCAUCGACUUCAGUUCAGAGCUCAGACUCAGAGGGAAACUCAAGGUUUCAUGUUUGCCAACCACUGUCUCCCAUUAGAAAUAGGAAUCCAUUUGCCAGUGCCGAAAACCAUAAUUAUUUCCCAGUAAACAGUGCACACGAAUUUGCUGUCAGGGAAGCAGAAGAUAUUACUUUAACAAGCCAGCCUCAGGGGGCUCCAUUAUAUACAGAUCUCUUACUAAAUCCACAGGGCAAUUUGUCCUUAGUGGAUUCUUCCAGCUCCUCUCCAUCAAGAAUGAACUCAGAAGGCCAUUUGCAUGUGUCUGGGUCUCUGCAAGAAAAUAUACCAUUUACUUUCUUUGCAGUGUCUCAUUUCCCAAAUCAAAAUGAUAAUGGGAGCAGGAUGGCAGCCUCUGGUUUCACAGAUGAAAAGGAAACCAGUAAGAUAAAGGCAGACCCUGAGAAACUCAAGAAAUUGCAAGAAAGUCUCCUGGAGGAGGACUCCGAGGAGGAGGGAGACUUGUGUCGCAUCUGUCAGAUAGCCGGGGGUUCCCCAAGCAACCCCCUCCUGCAGCCUUGCGGCUGUGUGGGAAGCCUGCAGUUUGUUCAUCAAGAGUGCCUGAAAACGUGGCUGAAAGUGAAAAUAACAUCAGGAGCAGAUCUUGGUGCCGUGAAGACCUGUGAGAUGUGUAAGCAAGGCCUGCUGGUUGACCUGGGUGACUUUAACAUGACUGAGUUCUACCAGAAGCACCAGCAAUCUCAGGCACAAAACGAGCUGAUGAAUUCAUGUUUGUACCUGGUGCUGCUGCUUCACCUUUAUGAGCAGAGAUUUGCAGAACUCAUGAGGCUCAACAACAACCAGGUGGAAAGAGAGAGGUUGUCAAGAAAUUACCCACAACCCAGAACAGAGGCAAAUGAAAAUUCGGAGUUGGGAGAUGGAAAUGAAGGCAGCAUUUCUCAAAGCCGGGUCGUCUAGCAAGGAAGCCAACUGUGGAGCUCCGAGAGACCUCUCCCGCCAGCCCUUCUUUCUACAUCCCCAAGUGCCUCCCUCCCUCCUCCUCAUUACUGAAACUGAAACCAAAGCAUUCACAGUUAGCAUUUUCACCUUG